AUGAAAUCCUCUGUGAAAGCGAUUCAUGAAGAGAAGAAAAGAAGAAAUAUGAAAAGACGCAAGAGAGGCGCCCGCAAGAAGCAGCAGCGCAAAUUUGUAUCGCUUCCAGAAAUUCUGAAAAAUGAUGGUCAAACUGAGACAACGAAUCGGGAACAAUGGCCAGUGGCUGUGGUCACUGGGCCAAUCUACAACAAUGGGAGCAUUGAGGAGGAACUGGAGGAGUAUUUUCAGGGAAAGGAGAACAUUGAGGUUAACGGAAAAGAAGACGAUAAGGAAAACGUGCAAGUGAACAAAAACAAUGAAAAAGAUUGCGAAGAGAAGAAAUUAUUUGGAACUCAAAAAAAGAUUAAUUAA